AUGGCGAUUGUCACAACUCACGUCACACUCUCAUGUCGGAAGAGGGAAAUGCCCUCAUUCGAUGGCGUCGCUGGCGCAACCUCCAACAAGAAGCGAAAACGAACAGAAGUUUCCCCUACUGAGCAGCUGAACAACUCUCAAUCGCUUGCCAAGACAUCUCCUUGGUCAGAUCUACCAAGGCAGGCGACAUGUCUUAUUUUAUUCUUUUUUGUCGUAGCAAAGAUGUCCCACGAUACACCAGCCCCUCCACCUCCACCCAAACUGCGCAUCACCAAAGCUCAAAAACGGCCACAACUUGGAUAUGUCGAGACAACAAAAGCUCUUGCGAAAUUGGAUAUACUCGAUUCGGCAACACGAGAAAUUCUCUCAUCGAUCAAUGGGUUUACUGAAAUGGCGGAGGAAAUAGAUUGGAUACUCGAUCUAGGAACACCAGGGGUCUCUCAGCGGGUUACACGAACAAAAGAGAGUUGUCAAAGCUUGAUCGACUUAAUUCAGGAGAAGGUGGCGUUUUUAGAUCAACAAGAGAUGUGA